AGUUUCGUUUUCCUCAUGUUUUUCGCGAAGUGAAUCAAUCGAGUAAUAGCGUCUGUCUUAGAUCGAUGAGCUAAUCUCAUCGAUUAAUCUCUUAUUACUUAAAAUAAGAAAACCAAGUAUAUCAGAAAAUUGGUAAUUACAUAACAAAGCAUAAUUAACCAAAACUCCCUACGCUCUCUCCUAGGGUUUGAGGAGCAGGACCUCUUAUGGGGUGGUCGCGGCCUGAAUCUACUCCACUCUUGGAGAUCUCUUUAGGUUUCAGCCUAUGUAUGCUUGCCCUCAUCUCUUUCGGGAGCAAUGGGUUGUUUUUUGAUGGUGGCUGCUCCGAUUUGGGUUGUGUGGCAAGGGUUAGGCGGGUUUGGGCGGCGGUUGAUGGCGGUGGAAUCGGUUGGGGUUUGGGGGAUCCAGUGGAUUGGAUUCCUUGUAACCAUAAUGGUUUCGGCGGUUUGACAAGAACUGAUCCUCUCUUGGCUGGUUUGCUUGCUUCUGGUUAUGAAUCUGCAGGCGGUCUGGCAGCAAGAGAUUAUGCAGGCGGCGGGAGUUGCGGUGGGGUUGGUCGUGGGCUUCGUGGUUUAGUGAUCGGCGCCAACUGUGCAAACGGAUCCGGGUUUGGGACCCGGCUUUUUGGGGCUACGACGACGGUGACUUGGGGGUCGGCGAUGGCUAUAGCAGUAGGGCAGUUUCUUUUACUGAAAGUCACGGGGCCGAGGGUGACGACGCUGGUACCCUGUUCGUCGACAGCAGGUUCCGGAUCUGGGAUCCGGGUGGGCUUGGAAAAUGGAGCCGGAUCUGGGAUCCGGGUAGAAGUUGGGUUUUGGUCUGCGGCCCACUAUCUUUGGUGGGCUUAUUAUGAUUCGCUAGAAUGGAUUGGGGCUCCUGUGCUUUACUGGUAUUGGAUCCAGGACCCAAUUCUAUGGUAUUUGUUCGUGAAAGAUCGUCUGCUAACAUGACCAUGUUCUGACACCCUUAGCCGGCUUCGAUCUUUAGGUGAGAGAGUGCCUUCACUCCGACGCCAAGUUGAUUUUUGUCAAAUUGUGCGUUGGAGUUCGAUGGGUAGUCAAACCACCGACUACUCAAUUCACUACACGACUGCAAUCCGUAGUGUAAAAUCAGCGCUGCGCUUCGUCGCUGCUGCUCUUGCAUUUUUAAUUCUCUGUAUUUCAGAUGCAAUUUUUGCAUCUUUUCCUUUCGCAUCGUUUAUUUUCUUUUUUAUUCUUUUUGGCAUAGUAUCAUUGUAAUAUUUCAAUUUCAAUAAAGGACUGACCUCAUUUUACUCAAAAAAAAAAACAUAAUUAACCAAAGAAUGUGCAACAACAUUGCACUGUAUAACCUAACUACAUAUACAUAUAUUUAUGCCAACAGUACUCUUGUACCUAACAGACAUAUGUAGUAUCUUAAUAUCCUCUUGGAAGAGACUAAUAACCAAGUCAACAUACUCAUGUAUCUUUGAUUUAUUCAUCAGUCCUAGUCAACAAGAUGGUUUCUUUGGCUUUUGCAAUACAUUUGUGUACGCCAUCUUAAAAUUAAAGAACAGAAAUAUCCAUACCACAUCCUUCAGGUUUGUCAUAUAUAAAGUGGUCUCUUUGAUUCUACAAUGGGGGCAGAUAGUUGAAUCCUCCAAGUUCUCUGUAGCUGCAACCAUGAAGAAAAUUGUAAUAAAAGUCAGCAUAAAUCGCCAGAUCUGCAAGACAGAUGUGUUGAAAGCCGUUACCAAGCUUCAAGGAAUAGAUAUUGUAGCCGUAGAUGGUCAGAAGGGAACUUUGACGGUCGUAGGAGAUGUUGAUCCAGUGUUGGUGGUGAGACGACUAAGGAAGGUUGGGAAAGUAGCAGAAAUUGUGAGUGUUGGACCCCCAAAGGCUUCUGAACCUAAGCCUCUUAUAGUCCUUGAUCUCCCUUCAUGCUGUAAUCAAUGUCAGCUUGUUGGAUUCAAAUAUGUUCCUUAUGAGGGUGGAGGGUGCCAUAUUCUUUGAGGUGUUCAUUUA